AUGGCCAGUUUUGAGACCAGCAUUGCUGCGUUGAUGGGAGGCCUUCCGUCUUCAGAAUUAUCACAGCUUGACAUUGACUUUGUGGAUAAAACGGAGAUGAGCUGUGGUGAUAGUGAGAAGAAGGCCCAAGAUGCCUUGGCCCAAGAUGCCUUGGCCCAUGAGGUUGCCACGUUGUCGCUGGGAGCAUCAUCCACACCUGUGAAAGAGAUUGAGGGUGCUCCGGUAGCGUUAAAAGCGCUGGCCCACUGGAUUCUGAACGAUUGCAAAAAGAUUGUUGUGUUGAGUGGUGCUGGAGUUUCGCCGGCCUGA